AUGAAGUUCAUACUCCUUGCACUUGCAUCAGCCGUCACAGCUGCAGUCACUGGCGGUGACGACUGCCAAACUACGUACGACCACUGCAGAUCAUCUGGAGGCAGUGAGGUAUCCUGCCAAUGUGACCUAGCGACAUGCUCGGGCGAAGACAGUGCCCGUAUCCGAGACUACUGCGCAUCCGCAACCUCCGGCGCCGCAACCUCACCACCAUCCGCCAGUUCAUACACGACACCUCCGCAACCGUACGGCCCUACAGGUGUAACCUCCCCAACGAACAUCGUCACCGGCACACCAGGAAGCCAGCCCUCCGGCCAACCACCCGUCAACGCCCCAGAAGGCUCCCUCGAUCUCGGCGCCACAUGCUCAGACGACAAGCAAUGCAGACCCGGCGUUCAGUGCUGGGCUAGCAAUGCAGGACUCAUCCGUCGUUGCGGCAACUUCAACGCAGCAUGCAAGAGCAAUGCACAGUGUGCUUACAACACUUGCAACAACGGCCUUUGCAAUGGAUUCAUCUCUCCUUCCGCGAAUGCUUCGAUGACUGCUGAACCGACUGGGACAGGCUUCUUGCCGAAUGGAACGAGCGCGCCGACGAGCAGCAUUGUGCCGUAUGAGGGCGCGGCGCCGAUGUCGAGCAUCAUGAGUGGGUUUGCGGCGAUGUUCUUUGGGGUUAUUGCUUGGGUUCUGUAG